AUGGAGACUUGGAAGACAUUUUGGGGGAUCAUCUUCCUUGUGGCUGGUUUUGGCUUCAUCAAGUCACAGAGAAUUGUGUGCAGGGAGGACUCUGUGGGAGAUGUCGUGUUUCUGGUGGACACCAGCAACAACCCCCAGAACACCCGCAGCGUGCGGAGCUUCUUGUACACUGUGGUCAACGGCUUCAAUGUCAGCAGAGAGGCGGUCCGCGUGGGGCUGGCCCGGUACAGUGACCAGCCCCAAUCCGAGUUCCUCCUUUCCACCUACCAUCGCGAAGGCGAAGUGCUGAGACACAUCCAGAGGUUUCCAUUUACGCCGGGGGGCCACAAGAUGGGGCUGGCCCUGCAGUUCCUCCUAGAUCACCACUUCCAGGAAACAGCGGGGAGCCGGGCAAGCCAGGGCGUGCCUCAAGUCGCCGUGGUGAUCAUCGGCAGCAGCCCAGCAGAGGACCACGUGCAAAAGCCCACAGAUGCCUUUAGGAGGGCGGGCAUCCUCCUCUACGCCAUGGGCGUCGGAGAUGCGGUUUCAGCAGAGCUCAAGGAGAUUUCGAGCAGUCCUGUGGAGAAGUUCGUCGCCUUUGUUCCCAACUUCUCUGGUUUGGGCAGUUUCGCCCUGAAGCUACGCCAGGAGCUCUGUGAUACGUUGGCAAAGGCAGCUCCACCUGUCGGCCACGUCUCUCCAGCUUGCAGAGAAGCAGUCCUGGCUGACAUUGUCUUCCUAGUAGACAACUCAACCAGCAUAGGACCCCAGAACUUCCAGAAAGUGAAGAACUUCCUUCACCCUGUCAUCUUGGGGCUGGACAUCAGCAGUGACCAGAUCCGAGUGGGACUCGCACAGUAUAAUGACAACAUCUACCCAGCCUUUCGGCUGAACCACCACCCUCUGAAGAGUGUGGUCCUGGAGCAUACCCGGAACGUGCCCUACCAUACAGGAGGCACAAACACAGGGAGUGCCCUGGAGUUUGUCAGGACCAACUACUUGACUGAGGCAGCUGGCAGCCAGGCUAAGGAUGGGGUUCCCCAGGUAGUUAUCCUGGUGACAGAUGGGGAGUCAAAUGAUGAAGUCCAGGAGGCAGCUGACAGGUUGAAAGAAGAUGGGGUUGUGGUGUACGUGGUAGGGGUCAACGUCCAGAAUGUCCAGGAGUUGAAAACAAUAGCCAGUGAGCCAUUGGAGAAGUUUCUCUUCAAUGCUGAAAACUUCAACAUCCUGCAGGAUUUCUCAGGAAGCAUUCUCCAGACUCUGUGCUUGGCCAUGGAGGGCAAGAUCAAAGAUUCUGCCCAGCAUUAUGCAGAUGUGGUCUUUCUCACUUACACCUCACAGAACACAUCAUGGACCAGUUUCCAGUGGAUGCAGACUUUCAUCUCCAGAGUGGUUGGCAUGCUGGAUGUUUGCAGAGACAAGUACCAGAUUGGGCUGGCUUGAUACGGUGGUCAAGGUCACACUGAAUUUUUGUUCAACACUUACAAACCCAAUGAGAUGAUGACUCACAUCCAUGAACACUUUGUACUUCGGGGAGGCUCCAGGAGGACAGGCAAAGCUCUACGAUACCUUUAUCAGACUUUCUUCCAGGAGGCAGCGGGAAGCCGGUUUCUCCAGGGCAUUCCCCAGUAUGCAGUGGUCAUUACCUCAGACAAAUCUGAGGAUGAGGUCCAUGAGGCUGCAGAGACAUUGAGGGAGAAAGGCAUGAAAGUCAUGUCUGUGGGUGUUCAAGACUCUGACAAGAGAGAACUACAGGGAUGGGCACCAUCCCUUGUAUAUGAGAUGCAAGGACAAGACAGGGUCAGACAGGUGAUGCAGGAUGUGAGUGGGGUGAUCCAAGGAACUGGGCAGCUUGAGAUGAAGAACGAAGCCAAGAUGGAGCCUAUAGAAGCGUGUCCAACUGCUAUCCCAGCUGACUUGGUGUUCCUCAUUGAGGAAUUUAGCAGGGCUCAGCAAUCGAAUUUCCAACAUGUUGUCAAUUUCUUAAAGACCACCAUCAGCUCUCUAAGUAUUCAUCCAGAUGUUGUACGAAUUGGCUUGGUCUUUUACAGUGAGGAACCACGACUUGAGUUUUCUCUGGAUACAUUUCAGAAUCCAGCCAAGAUCUUGGAGCUUCUGGACAAAUUAACCUACAGAAGAAGAGGAGGAAGGACCAAGACUUCCUGCUGCUUCGGUGCUGCUUUGGAUUUCCUAAGGAAUGAGGUUUUCAUUCAGGAGAAGGACAGUCUGUUCCAGCAAGGUGUGCAGCAGGUAGGCGUGGUCAUCAUGGAAGGCUUCUCCCAGGACAAUGUGUCCAGACCGGCUUCCCUCCUCUGCAGAAUUGGGGUGACUGUCUACGCAGUGGGUACCCAACUUGCCUUGGACAGCAUGAACCUGGAAAAGAUAGCAUCAUAUCCUCCUUGGAAGCAUGUCAUACCCCUGGAAUCUUUUUUGCAACUCAGUGUUGUGGGAAGCAAGAUUAAGAACCAGCUCUGUCCUGAGAUUUCGGGCAAAAGGGCUUCUGUGUCUGGGAUGAGCUCCGCCCUACAAGAAGGCUGUGUGUAUAUCGAGAAGGUAGGCAUUUACUUCCUUAUUGAUGGAUCUGACAGCAUCCACCAAGACGAUUUUCUCGAAAUGAAGGUGUUCAUGAAUGAGGUGAUAAAGAUGUUCCAUAUCGGGCUCGACAGAGUACAGUUUGGAGUCUUUCAGUACUCAGACGAAAUCAGUAGUCAGUUUACCCUCAGCCAGCAUGCCACCGUGGCGGGGCUGAAGGUGGCCAUUGAUGGCAUCCAGCAGAAUGGAGGUGGCACCAUGACAGGUCAGGCCUUGGGUAGCAUGAUGCAGGUCUUUGCAGACACUGCUCGCAGCAACGUGCCUUGGUAUCUCAUCAUCAUCACUGAUGGCAAAUCUAUGGACCCGGUGGCCGAGAUUGUGGAAGCGUUGAGGGGAGAUGGAGUCACCAUUUAUGCUAUUAGAGUCAGAGAAGCUAAUACUAUUGAGCUUCAGGAGAUAGCUGAAGACAGGAUGUUUUUCGUGAAUGAUUUUGAUUCCUUGAAGGCCAUCCAACAAGAAGUGGUACACGGCAUUUGCUCCUCGGAGACCUGUAAAAAUAGGAAAGCUGACAUUAUCUUCCUGAUGGAUGCUUCAGAAUAUAUCUCCCCGAAAGACUUUGAAAAGAUAAAGUGAUUCAUGAAGCUAAUGGUCAACCAAUCUAAUAUCAGUGCUGAUGAAAUUCAGAUUGGCCUUCUGCAGUUCAGCUCAAACCCCCAGGAAGAAUUCAGGCUCAACCGAUACUCCUCAGAUGUGGACAUUCACAGAACCAUCUCGGACGUUAAGCAAAUCAACGACGGCACCUACACUGGGAAAGCCCUGAACUUCACUCUGCCUUUUUUUGGUAGUUCAAGAGGAGGGAGGCCCAGUGUCCAUCAGUAUUUGAUUGUGAUCACCGAUGGGGUCGCCCGGGACAAUGUAGCCAUACCAGCCAAGGCCCUUAGGGACAGAAACAUAAUUGUUUUUGCCAUUGGGGUAGGAGAAGCCAAAUACUCUCAGCUUUUGGAGAUCACUAAUGACCAGAGCAAAGUGUACUAUGAAGAAAAAUUUGAGUCCCUGCUAAACCUGGAGAAGAAAAUUCUUUACCAGGUCUGCAUUCCACAAGGUAAGGAUCCUACUCAUUCUCUCAAAAGUGCCAGAUGCCAUUAUCUUCAUCAGAUGGAUGGAACCAACAAUUUUCAUCUGUAUGUCUGGGACACAGAGAACCAGCAGGACGUGGAGCACAUGGCCCACUGCGCUCUCUGCUAUGAUCAGUGCAGCCCGGACCCGGAGUGCGGGCUGGGCGUGCCCAGGCUGCUGGUGGUGGACACGGACGUGGCCUUCGUGGUGGACAUCUCCGUCGGCAUGGGCACUGACCUCUACUGCACAGCCUUGACUCUGGUGGACGCUGCACUUGACGACCUGGAGGUGGCUGCGCAGCCGAGCGCGUCCCCCCGCGGGGCCCACACGGCCCUGGUGACACACACGACCCCCCGCUUCUGGCCGGGUGCGGGUCGGCCACCUGUGCGCGAGGGCUUCCACCUGACCUCGUACGGCCGCCGGACGCAGAUGCAGAGGCACGUCCGCGAGGCCGUGGACCAUCCCCUUUGGGGAACGCCGGCCCUGGGCCACGCCCUGGAGUGGACGCUGGAGAAGGUGCUCCUGGCGGCCUCACUGUGCAGGAAAGCGCACAUCCUCUUUACCAUCGUGGCCAGCGAGACCAGCAGCUGGGACCGGGAGAAGCUAAGGACUCUGUCCCUGGAGGCCAAGUGCAAGGGCAUCACUCUGUUUGUGCUGGCCUUGGGCCUGGGCGUGGGGACCCGCGAGCUGGAGGAGCUGGCCCGCGUGGCCAGCGCCCCCUCCAAACAGCACCUGCGGCACCUUGAGGGGAUCUUGGACGCAGAGGCGGCCUAUGCCUGGGGCUUCACGCGGGCCUUCCUGAACCUUCUAAAAAGUAGAACAAACCAGUACCCACACCCAGAGCUCAUUGAAGAAUGUGGAGGCCUGAGCCGAGGGGACACCUUGCUGCAACCCAUCCUGUCUGUCAAGAGGUUGCCCAAGCGCCAGUUUGGCAAAUCUGGCCUUGCUGAUGAUUUGGAAGCACUCGAAGCAACAGGCUCUUUUCUAGAGGAGAAUAGAAAAGCCACGAUGACAUCUUUCACUCAGCAAGAAGCACUCGAAAACUAUGAAAAGAGUGGCUACGAUGCUGAAGAAAAUGAACAAGAAAAGCCCACAAAACCAAAAGAAACAGGAAAAGAAAGAAAUUUAGGCACUGCCUUUGGUAAAAACCCAACUACUCCUUGCUUCUUGGGUUGUAUUUACUUUUUAAAAUCUUUAGCAUAAAAAAAAAAUUCCUGUGCACUGUGUUAGCCUGCAGACUUUGGCUUUCUACAAGCUUUCCUUGCAAAUGCACAGAUUCAUGUAUGCAGCUAAAGAAACUAGUUUAAGGAAACAUAUGAAGACUGACUUUUAUCUGAGUGUAAAACUGGAGCUAAUGGAAGCUGUCUCAGGGAGUGUUACAGAGUCUCACCCCAUGCAGUGUCUGUACUUCCUUGUGGAGAAGCAAUGACCUAUUGUGGAAGUGGUGAAUGUACUUCUGACCCUGAGGGAAAAUGCUCUAGCUUGUAGAAGGCUCCUUCAUCUGUGAAUGGCCACGUGUGUCCUGACCAAGUUUAAGAAACAUUUUGGAUCCAUCUAAAACAACUGUAGCAUCGAUUUUGGAUUACAGCCAAUGCCAUUGCCACCUCUUAUGUGUGAUCAACAAAUUAAGCCAAACAGUAAACACAUUAGAAAGAGAUAUGGCGGGAUUUGAUGCUGAAGUUUCUAAAAGGCAGGGAAAAGAUAGCUGAGAGACUUUCUAGUGAGUGGCGUGGUCAGUCCUGCUUAGAUUAAAUGGGAGGUCACCGCCCAGAGGUUUUGAAUGUGCCUAUAUGGUUCUCUCUCGUGCUCUAUCUAGGUGGCUAUGGAACAGUUAUUUUAAUCUCUCUGUGGCUCAGUUUUCUG